CCCAUGCAUUUUCCGAAAUUAUAAUAUAAUACCGCGACCACCCGAUGGCAUCCUCCUGACUCUGCAAUCCACAGCCAUCACACGCCCAACUCGUGUGUCUGCGCAUCGGCCCUCAACGUGAUCACACGGUCUCGUCUUGUUCGCUCCAAGUCGUCACCAGUCUCCGUCCGUUCCACCCACACCCUCCUUUCCGACCCCCAGCAUGGCUUCCCGCAUGAUGCCCCUCCGAUCCCGCCUGGCUGCUGGCAGCAGCAGGGCAGCGGCUCGUCCCUCGACCACGGCCUCGUCCGCGCAGUUCUCGACCCCUCGUGUCAUCCGCCGGCAGCAGCAGAGUCGUGGCUAUUCUUCGCAAGGUCCCAAGUCUGGCGGCGCCAUCAAGUUCUGGCCCUUCUUCGCCAUCAUUGGUAUCGGUUCCGCUGGUUACGUUGGCCUUGUCAACCGUCGCAAGGAGAUGCCUCCCACCGACGACACCGCCCAGCUCCCGGCCCCGGCCAAGUCGACGCCCACCUUCUCUGGUGAUGAUGUGACUGUCCUCUUCGUUCUCGGAGGACCCGGCGCCGGCAAGGGCACGCAGUGCGCUAAGCUCGUCGCGCAGCACGGCUUCACCCACCUGUCGGCCGGCGAUCUCCUCCGCGCUGAGCAAGAGCGUCCCGGCUCCCAGUUUGGUGAUCUAAUCCGCGACUACAUUAAGAAUGGCCUCAUCGUACCCAUGGAGGUGACGGUCCAGCUCCUCGAGAAUGCCAUGACCGAUGCUCUCCAAAAGUCUGGCGGCAAGAAGGGCAAGUUCCUCAUCGACGGGUUCCCCCGCAAGAUGGACCAGGCGCACAAGUUCGAGGAGACGGUCUGCCCUGCCAAGAUGGUGCUCUUCUACGAUGUACCCGAGGAAGAGAUGGAGAGGCGCCUGCUCGAGCGCGGCAAGACCAGCGGUCGCGCAGACGACAAUGCCGAGAGCAUCCGCAAGAGGUUCAGGACCUUUAUCGAGACGAGCAUGCCCGUCGUGGAUUACUACGAGAAGGAGGGCAAGUUGGUCAAGAUCAACGGUACCGUGCCUCCUGACACCGUCUUUGCCAAGACCCAGAAGGCUCUGACGGACCACCUUGGCGCUGGCUACUAAGGGUUGGAUUUUCGGAGCAAAGGAAUGGAUUAAUGGGCGUGAGGGUUGGGAAUACGUGGGAUAACCAUCGCACUGGGGCAUAGACUAUAUGGGCACAAGACUAGACUGAGGCCUUUCACGCUGCCAAACGCUGGCUUUUCAUACUUACUUAUGUUCUUUUAGAUUUAUUUAGGGCUUCUGUAUGGAUACGUGGCUCAGGAGCUGCGAGAUGCAAUUGUACUCAAUAUGAUGAUUGAAGGAACCCU